AUGGGCCAGACUUUGUCGGAACCCGUGGUCGAAAAGACAUCCGAUAGCGGGGCUGAUGACCUGUUCAUAUAUGGCCUGUCGGCCAUGCAAGGAUGGCGCAUAUCCAUGGAAGACGCGCACGCGGCCGUGCUCGAUCUUAAAGCAGAGGAUAAAAACAAGUCACAACGGACAGACCCAGAAAAACGAUUAGCCUACUUUGGUGUCUACGAUGGUCAUGGAGGAGAGAAAGUGGCGCAGUUUGCAGGCGAAAACGUACAUAAAAUCGUUGCGAAACAAGAUGCGUUCUCCAAUGGAGACAUCGAGCAGGCACUCAAAGAUGGAUUCCUUGCAACGGACCGUGCAAUCCUCAAUGAUGCAAGAUACGAAGACGAAGUGUCCGGAUGCACCGCAUCUGUCGGCGUCAUGUCCAGGGACAAGAUCUGGGUCGCCAAUGCUGGAGACUCGCGAACAGUCCUUGGCGUCAAGGGAAGAGCGAAGCCUUUGUCCUUUGACCACAAGCCACAGAACGAAGGAGAGAAGGCUCGAAUUAGUGCCGCUGGAGGUUUCGUCGACUUUGGUCGAGUCAAUGGCAACCUUGCACUGUCACGUGCCAUUGGCGAUUUCGAGUUCAAGAAGAGCGCCGACCUAGCCCCCGAACAGCAGAUUGUCACCGCAUUCCCAGAUGUCAUCACACAUGAGAUCUCGAGUGACGAUGAAUUUUUGGUUAUUGCUUGCGACGGUAUCUGGGAUUGUCAAUCCUCCCAAGCUGUUGUGGAAUUCGUCCGUAGGGGUAUCGCAGCCAAACAAGAUCUGUAUCGGAUUUGUGAGAACAUGAUGGACAACUGCCUCGCCUCUAACAGUGAAACGGGCGGUGUGGGUUGCGACAACAUGACCAUGAUUGUUAUCGGCAUCUUGAACGGCAAGACCAAGGAUGAGUGGUAUGAGAUGAUCAGCAAGAGAGUGGCAGAUGGGGAUGGUCCAUCUGAAUUCCGCGGCCCCGGCGUCCGGCACCAGUUCGAUCAUGACAGCCCAGACGAGUAUGAGCUCGAUAUGGACCACCGCCCUCGAGGGUUUGGUGGCCGAAGCGGCAGAAUCAUCUUGCUCGGAGACGGGACCGAAGUGUUGACCGAUUCUGACGAUACCGAAAUGUUUGAGCAAAGCGAAGAGGACAAGGAUACCGCAAAUCAAGUCAAGAAACCAUCUUCUGAAACAUCUGAGGAGGACACGGCACGAGGCGAACGAGAAGGUACACCUGCACCACAAUCAUCCCGAGACAAAGAUGCUUCCAGUCACCGAGACGCCUCGCAUGGACCUCAGACCGAGAUCAAAGGAGUUGCCGAUGAGCCGACUGACAAGUAG